UAUUCUGUCAUCUGAAGUUCCUCUGUCAGCAGCAGCAGCAGCAGCAGCAGCCACAGCAGCCACAGCGGCCACAGCAGCAGCAGCAGCAGCAGCAGUGAUUAAGAUGACGGUGCUGAUGAUGGUGGUUUUCCUUGAGCUCCUGGUUCUUAUCACAGGUGUUGUACCUCAGAGUGUGAUACUCCCCCCUGCUGUUUGUGCAAUGACACAUUCCACUGUCACUCUGGGGUGCUCCUUCACACCACGGAUCACCCCAAUCGUCAGAGUCCGCUGGUGCAAGGACCAUCCUCUCUGCCACAAGACCACACCGACUGUCUACGACAGCAAUAGAACAAAGAGCAACUCACGCUUCCUGUACUUGGGCGAUAAGACCAGCAACUGCACGUUACAGAUCCAAAACCUCCUCAAACCAGACAAUGGCACUUACCGUUUCAGAAUGGAAGCCACGGAGGAAGCAGGACAUUUUACCAACCAAACAGGUGUACAAAUCUCAGUCAAAGACCAGACUGUGCUGAGUAUCAACACUUCCAGUGACAACGGCGAGAUGUUCGAGGGUCAGGAUGUCACACUGCGCUGCACUGCACCCUGCACAUUUUAUGACCUGAAGGUCACCUGGUUAAAAGAUGACCACACCCUCUCAGAGACCAGCCCCACCCUUCACAUCAGCCCCCUAACUGCAGGGGAUUCUGGAAACUACAGUUGCAGUUUGAAGAAAUCCUUGUCACACCGAUAUCAGCUACAAGUGACGGCCACAGGACAACAGUCUGAGCUUCCACUAAUCCUUGGUGUGACUCUUGGUGUCUCGGUGGUUCUCUGUGGUGUCAUCCUCGUCUUUAUCUUUAAAAGAAAACCUGCAGCAGUAGAUGAUCAUCAGGCAGCUACAGCGAUGGAGCUGGAGCCACAGGUGCGUGACAUCACUACUCCUGGUGAUGUUUCGUUAAACCUGACACCACACUCGUGCUCUCAACUAACACACGUCACAACUUAUUUUUUGGUUUUAGCAAUAUGCUAACAUCAACCGCGUCCUCCAGAUCUGCUGAAGCUGAGGUCAGCUACACGGCCAUUUACUUCAAACACAGCAAUCAGCCCAGACCAGUGAAAAAUGGAGAGGAUGUCAUCUACAGCCCUGUCAGGACGAGCUGAAUCUCUGUCCACUUGACACCCACCAUGGAGGUGAUGCCGCAGGAGAUCUUGUGUCACUUCACUGACCAGCAGUGCAUUCUACCCAGUGCAUCACAUGGUAAAUGUACUGUUGUUUUAGACAAGAACGGUCAGGAUUGAUUGACAUCAGAUUAUCUUUAGAAGCAACAGAGUUAGCUUGGCCUAACCUUAACAUAGACUCAAAAAAAAAAAAAAAAGA